AUGAGGAAGCUAUUUGUGUUUUGUUUGCUAUUUCUCGCCAUCUUUCUCGCAGCUCCUACUUAUACUGUCAAGGGGCAGCGCAGAAUCACCAUCUCAACAACCAAUAUCGACUCCUAUGUAUCUUCCCUGAAUACUUUCAGAAUCGCUUUACGCGACAAUAAGAAAGUGUGCAACAUACCUCUACUGCGCGCCAAUGUUAUAGAUAAAAAUCGCUUCAUAGAAAUCAGUAUUGCAAGUACCAAUAUCACCAUUGGCCUCGCUAUAGAUCUAGUAAACGUUUAUGUUCUCGGGUACUACACCCCAAACCCAAGCUGUUCUGCAUACCACUAUUUUAGUGACCCAGUUGCUGUUCGUGCUACCCAAUACGUAUUCAAAAAUCCAACGCAGCAAAAAAGCCUUCCAUUCGAUGGCGGUUACCCAGAUUUCGAAAAGUACGGAGCCAACCGCCGCAGUCUUGAUCUUGGGCUCACAAGCCUCAACCAUCUGCUUCCAGCGCUGUACGAGUACGGCUGCACGGGCACCAAAUACAUUCAAACCGACGUCGCAAAGGCGCUUGUGGUGGCCGUGCAGGUUGUUUCUGAGGCUGCGAGAUUCAGAAUGAUUCAGAUUGCAGUUCCAAACAACCACAAGCCAAAUGCAGAAGUUCUGUCUCUGCAAAAUAGUUGGAGUGAUCUGUCGGAAGCAGUUCAGCGAGCAGACUGCGGAAAUGGACGGUUUAAGGACAAAGUUACGCUGAAUGAUGAAAAAGGUCAUCCAGUUGAUGUGUGGAACAUUAGUUCAAAAUAUGUAAGUGGUAACCUCAAGUUGCUGCUGUUUGUUAAUACAACGUUUGCAGCACUGCCUUCUGUCGUCGACAACAAUGGAGGACAUCAAAAUUAUGCCACAAUCUAA